ACACAUGGUCUUUGGACUAAUUAUCCAUAUUACAUCGCAUGGGCCAAAGCAAUCUUGAAGAAGUACGAAGACGUCCUUAUUGUAGCAAAGAUUUAUCAUGCUAUAGAAGACACUUUAGAGUUCUUCCAAAAGGACACAAUGAUUUAUAAAGGCUUUCUAAAGUACUGGUCUUCCACUACAAAUUUUUUCCAUCUUUCGUUCGGAGAAGUAAGCAUCACCUUGUGGGAUCUAUACAGGAUGGCUAGCCUGCCUAUUUCAGGAUCUUUCCUCGAUGAAUACAUUCCUUCAAACAAGGAAUUUUCCUAUGUUGCUCCCAACAGAACACCUAAGAAUACAGUAUCAACAAUCGCACUUUUCCAUGAAACGUUCUACUUAGCUGACGUUGAUAAGAUAUCCCCUCUUCAGUGGCUUGCACAUUUUUCCCGAUACUUAGUGUUUCCUAGCAGCCAUUGUGCCGAACUAGAAGCCAACUGCAAAAAGAUAAGGGGCAUAGCCGAAUUUUCCACUCAGACUGAAUUAGCCUCUUUCUUGGUUUAUUGGUUGAGUUUAGUCAUGUUUCCUAGCUCUAAAAGCUCAGAAUCUAUUUGUCCAACUUUAUUUGUGGUGGCAGGCUCGAUGCCAGAAGGUAGAAAAUGAUAUUCCCUAGCCCCUCCUAUCUUAUGCUCGUUAUAGAAAGCUUUCGGUCAUGCUGCCGCGCACUGCUCAAGCCCGGCACUAGGAGUUACAUCUUCUUU